UGUAACGGGUUAGCUAGCGGCUAACGGGGCAGCAGCGGCGGGGACGGGGCUGUGCGCGUGUCCGUGGCGGCGGCGGCGGCGGCGGCGGGACUGCGCUGACUCUCCUUUGGGUGCUGCGUUCACACCCCUUCCUGAGGGAAGAAUCAUGAUCGCAUCCUUGUCGAAGGGGAGUCUUCUGGACGUGCUGCAGGAGGGCUUGAACGAGCAACAACUGGCCGCCUACGUGUCCUGGGUGAACGCGCAGCUCCGCAAGAAGCCCGGUCUGAACCCUGUCCAGGACCUGAGGCAGGACCUCCGAGAUGGGGUGGUCCUGGCGCACCUCAUCGAGGUGGUGGCUGGUGAGCAGCUGGACGGCAUACACUUCUGCCCUCAAGAUGAGCAAGAGCAGAGGGAGAAUGUGGAGAAGGUCUUGCAGUUCAUCUCCUCCAAGCGCAUCCGCAUGCCGCAGACCUCCGCCCGUGAUAUUGUGGAGGGGAACCUCAAGUCAGCCAUGAGGCUCAUCCUGGCCCUGGCAGCCCACUUCAAGCCUUCGGCCUCAGCCAGCCACAGGGUUGCCAGCGGGGCGGCGGGUAGGGGCCAGCCUGGGUCCUCGUCCAAUCACCGUCCGAACUCCACCGUGGCCAUGGCUCAGAAUGCAGCAGCAGCACUGGCGGCGGCCCGACAGGAUGCUUCGCGCCCAGCCCGCAGCGUGGCACAGAUGAGGCAGGAGUGGCAGUGCCGGGGUGCGAGCCUAGGUGAAGAGAUUGAGAACCCCUGCUGGAGUGUCCGGGCGCUGGUGCAGCAGUACGAAGGGCAGCGGGAUGCACCGGAAGAAUACCCUGAGACCUCCAGGCCCUCGAGCCUGAGUUCACCCAGCCCCACGCACACCCCCAAGGCAGAGUCAAUCUCCGGCCAGCCGGACGACAAAGGUCAGCUCGUGGACUUGCAGGCGGAGGAGAUUUCUCAGAAAUCAGAUGAUGUGGCGAAGUCGCCCUCCGGUGGGCAAGGGGCAGCACUCGGGCAUGCCGGGAUGCCGGUGGGCUCCGCUUGGGAAGACCAGCUGUGUGAGCAGCAGGAGCAGCUGGAGAAGGAGAUGCAGGAGACCAGGCGCAUGGUGUCAAGCCUCCAGGCCCUGCUGCUCUACGGAUCACUACCCGAGGAUGAGCAGGAGGCCACCCUGAGCCUCGGGGAGGGGGCAGAGAAUGCCGAGCAGCAGCUGAUCAUAAUCCGAAGUCGCCUGGACCAGAGCAUGGAGGAGUCCCAGGAUCUGAAGAAGGAGCUGCUGAAGUACAAGCAGGAGGCCCGCAACCUGCAGGGAGUCAAGGAUGCCCUGCAGCAGCGCCUGGGAGUGCAGGAAGCCUCUGUGCUGCAGCUGAAACAGGAGCUGCUGAGGUCCAACAUGGCCAGGGAGGAGCUGGCAGGGCACAAUGCUGAGCUGCAGAGGAAGCUGGAGGAGCGGGUUCGAUUGCUCAGCGAAUACAAGAAGGACCUGGGACAAAAAGAGCGAUUCCUGCAGCAGCAGCAGCUCAAAGUGGACGAGGCGCUGCGCAAAGUGGCUGAGAGCAGCCAUCAGAAGGCUGGCUUGCAGAGGGAGCUGGAGCACAAGGAGAGCCUCUUACAGGAGCUCAUGAACCACGAGCUGGAUGAGCUCCCAGGGUCUCAGAAUAAUGGAUAUUCCCACCCUGGUAGCUCAGCUGCACCUCACAAAGGGGCGGAGGAGCUGCAGCUGGUGCGUGAUGCCCUACGCAGCCUGAGGAACAGCUUCAGCGGCCAUGACCCCCAGCACCACACUCUGGACACUUUGGAGCAGGGUGUCGCCAGCCUGAUUGACCGCCUCCAUUCCCUGGACGCACGCCGCAGGCAGGAUAGAAGGGGUCGUGGGAAAUCGCCAGGACGCAAAGCCACGUACACGGACCGGGACUCCUGGCCCUCCAGCACCAAGAUGGCUCACUCCCACAGCAGCCCUGUGCUCAAUUCCUCAGUCUCCACAAAAGUUCUGUACUUCACUGACCGUUCCCUCACGCCAUUCAUGGUCAACAUCCCUAAGAGGCUCGGCGAGGUGACGCUCAGAGACUUCAAGGUGGCUGUAGACAGGGAGGGCAACUUCAGGUACCACUUCAAAGCUCUGGACCCUGAGUUUGGGACGGUGAAAGAGGAGGUGUUCCAGGACGAUGCGGUGAUACCAGGCUGGGAGGGCAAGAUUGUGGCCUGGGUGGAGGAAGACCACGGAGAGGGCAGGACCUAAAGGCCAGCUCUCAGACCGCACCCCUCCCACAUUGACUGGGAGACUGCCGGCCGAGAGGAGAAGAGGGUGUUGCACGGGACUGGUAGGCAACGAGACCAUGCAGAUGCAGGCACCGUUCUCUUUGGCCCUGGCGAUCCAGCUAGUUGCUGCAUCCUCUCUUAGUGAGGAUGAUGGGGUGGGUAGUUAUUCCAGCUCCCCGCCACCCACCCCACAAGUCUAGCAGAGAUGCCGAUGUCGCUGGACACACGAGGAACCUCAGCGGUGGGACGCCACGGAUAAAUCUUCAGCCUCCUAACGUGCCGUGUACUCCCCAGCCGUGGCCGUGGUCCCGCAGAUACACUGCUGUCUCUAGAAGACGAAAUACAGAAUACUGAAGACCACUUCCUGUUUCCUGAAUAUUGUGCCAAAUCAUACACAGAUACUCAUCAGUGCAUCUUUGGAAUACUGGUUGUCUUUACUGUACGUUGUGGUGACAAAAUCAAUGACAACAACUGCCUGCUGGCAGAAGGUGUGCGCGAGAGCAGCCUUGAUUCACGUAGCAGUGAUCACAGCUCAGAAGCUGCUCUAAGCUCUUCGGACCAAAGUCAGACCAGUGCACCUUCUCUGGAAGUACUGAUACUUGGGAUGCAAUGGAGGGUUUUUUUUUUUCCCAGAUGCAGCUGUGUUUACAGGCUAUGACCAAACAAUUUAGGUAAGUCAGGGUCACUGAGCUGUGAGUGCUCUCAGUAACGUCUCUGCUCUACGUGCAAACGACAGGUGAGCUGUAGGGUUAUAAUUAGGUGGUCCACUACAGAGGAUCAAACCCUAACCCUACUGUAAUACAAGUGUAAAGGCUUUGGGAAAAGGAAUUGCCUGUAAUCUGCCAGCUGGAGGGAACAGUUGCAAAUAUUGGAAAUAUUAAUUCAGUUCAAAUGAAUAUUGUUAAAAGUGAUGAGUUUUAAAUGUGCAAUGCAGUGAUUUCUUUUUUAACGGUCUUGCAAAUUUCACUGCCAUAGAACUGUACACACAAUAUAAAACUUAAGAUGACAAAAAAGGUACUGGUUGUGUUGAAAGCAGAUGUGGCCCUCAGCUAGAAAGUGUUGCUUCCUGGCACUGACUCCCAGUCACUGAGCACAUUAUUCCAUUAUAGUGUAGAUCAUGGACCACCAGUGCUUAUACUGAAAGCUGGAUUCUGGUGGAGGCUGUGCCAUGGGAUAUAGCCCUGCAGAGUACUCUUGGGGACCACUUAGAAGGGACUCGGGGAUGCGGAAUUGUGGAACACAUCAACGGAUUGUCAAAAUGAACAUUUUUGCUGUCAGGACUGCUUUUAUUGUUAAAUGUUUUCAGGUGAAACAGGGGAUCAUUCACAGCAAUCUCCAGUGGACAUGAGGGAACCAGGAUUUAUCUUUGAAAAUAUCAGAUUAUUUUAGGCUGGGUUUGUGUCUUCUAAGGUAUUUUAGAGCGUAAGUGUUGUAUACUAAGACUACCCCUUGACAAAGCACGGUGAGUGGCAGAAAAUCUGGAAAGCACACUCGUGAAUGUUUUACUAAACUGAUUUGCCAGGCCUUGUUGUGAUUUAUUAUGUAAUUCAACCUCAUUGUGUCAAGCUGGGAGGGGAAAUGCAUCAUUUGCACUGAACUCUGCGCAACAAGGCCUCUAUAACGUUAUUUUUAGCAGUGCUGUGAACUUUUCAGUUUUCCCCCUUCAUGGCUUGUUAAUCACUUUAAAUACCUCUACGGUAUUACAGGGGCUGAAUACUGUGCGACUGUCCCUUCGGUUAUGUUCCUCCCACCGGAGAUGGCUGUGAACCUUCUGCAUGUACACGUGUCAACUGUAAUUUUUUCCAGAAAUCUGUGUUGGGGACAUGAGAGAGAAUUAUGAUAGUAUUAAAAGUGUGCUAUUUUUCAGUGUUU